AUGCGUGAUCCCACCAUUCCUCACAUUGAGCAGUUGGAAGAAUUGCGUUCCAUCAUUCCACCGCCUCCGCUGGACAUUUCGACCGAGAAGGAAUGUUUCGAUUUGUGGAUGAAGGUGAUGCGACUCGACACUUACCGCAAAGCCGUCAUCACCGGACUUGUUUCCAGCAUCGGCAGUCUCACGGAUAGUUUGGUUAAAAGUUACAGCGCUCCAUUCAUGAGUUACCUCCGCCAGUUGGUGGCCGAGAACAAAUUGGAUGAACUGAAUUUGGUCACCCGGGAUAUUCUAAACGUGUUUCAAGAGAAUUUGAAUAGUGUCCGACUGAUGCCGUACAUUUUCAACUUCCUGGACCAUCUCUUGUCGUCCGGAUGUUUGGAUUCCGUUUUCAAAUCCAUGUCACGGUCGCUGUUGACCUUGAUUCGUACUGAGAUGACCAAUGGCGGUAAACCGUUAAAAUUGUUGAUAUCGUCGGUGGAUUUGUACUGUCACCUACUCAGAGGUGAUCAAGUGACGUUCGAUAAAUCAAUCAUUCACCUGUUAAAUCUGCUAGUGAAUCGGUUCCCUCGCGUUCGUAAAAUCACGGCCGUACGAGACGCUGCUGACUCUGACAGAUAUUAG